GGUAUGUGACUACUAUACUAGAAGAUGCAAAAAUUUACUCCAGUCACGCAAAGAAAUCCAGCGUGGAUGCGGAUGACGUGAGGUUGGCAAUCCAGUGUCGAACGGACCAGUCCUUUACAUCCCCGCCGCCAAGAGACUUCCUGUUAGAUAUCGCAAGGCAGAAGAACCAGACGCCGUUGCCCUUGAUAAAGCCUUAUUCUGGACCCAGGCUUCCCCCUGACCGAUACUGCUUGACAGCUCCCAACUACCGACUGAAGUCCCUACAGAAGAAGGUCUCUUCCUCUGCAGGAAGAAUAACGGUCCCUCGCCUGAGUGUUGGUGCUGUGAGCAGCAGGCCCAGCACUCCUACUUUAGGUACGCCCUCAGCACAGGCAGUAUCCGUCUCAACAAAAGUUGGCACUCCGGUGUCGCUGACCGGUCAGAGGUUCACCGUGCAGAUCCCGUCUUCUCAGGCAGCAGUCAAGUCAGCCACACCAACUACUCCGACAGUUCAGAAUGUUCUAAUUAAUCCUUCGUUAAUCGGACCAAAGAACAUUCUCAUUACUACAAAUAUGGUGUCAUCACAGAACACAUCCAAUGACUCCAACGCCUUGAAAAGGAAGCAUGAAGAUGAUGACGACUACGACAAUUUGUGA